CUGUGACCCCGAGCCAUGUCCUGCUGCCCACCCUCCUGCCAGCCCUGCGGCCCCUGCCCGCUGGCCAACAGCUGCAAUGAGUGCUGUGUCCGCCAGUGCCAGAGCUCCAAUGUGGCCAUUGAGCCGCCUGCUGUGCUGGUGACCCUGCCUGGCCCCAUCCUCAGCUCCUUCCCUCAGAACACCGUGGUGGGAUCUUCUACCUCUGCUGCCGUUGGCAGCAUCCUCAGCUGUGGUGGAGUGCCCAUCAGCUCUGGGGGCUUUGACCUCUCCUGCAUCACCAACUGCUAUGGUGGCAGCAGGUGCCGUCCCUGCUAAAUCCACUGCAACAUCCUUGGGCAAGGUUCUCUAAGAUCCCCGAACCUGGUUCCGGGUAGAGAGUGAGCUUUGGGACAUUGUAUUUAGUGUCUGAGCUAUUGUUCCCUUCUUCUACUCUUCCCUUUCUUUAUUUGCUCUCCAUGUCUCCCCAGGCCAGUCUAGUGGGAUCAUGUUGACCUCCCUCCCUCUUUCGGAUGGACACAUGGACACUCUGCA